AUGAUACACAACUCAUCUUAUACAGAGGCAGCUGAUAUUAAAUCUCUGUCAUCAUUUAUUGAAGAGAGUUCUAGAGUGCCUGACUAUAUAUCCGAAUCAAAUAAUAUAGGUUGGAGUUCUAAUAUCAAUAAUCCUCCAUUAUUUGAAUCAAGCAGUUUUGAUAUUACGACGCAGAAUGAUAAUUGGAUUUUAACGGAGACCAUGCAAAAUAUAACAACCGAGUCAAGUAGUACAUUUUCAAGGUCAGUGGCGAGCUCAGUGUUCCCUUCAUCAAGUCAAGCGUUUGUAUCGCCACCUUCAAUUAUAGACAUCCCCAUCAGCAGUAUACCCGAAAGCUCUUCGAUAAGUAUCUCAAGUGAUGUGCUUUCAAGUGCGAUCACUGUGUCGCAAACAUCCAGCUCUUCGUAUAGCUCACUCAUAUCAAGUUACUCAACAAUACAAUCGACAUCUAGCUCCAGUAUAUCAGAAAAUGAAAUUUCAUCAAGCAGCAGAAUAUCACCUGGUCUCUUAUCUAGUGUCCCAAGCAUAACCACUUCUUUUAGUAGUGGUAUAUCUUCAUCAGUAUCUCCAACAUCAUCGCUACAACAGAUAGCUGAACAAAGCUCCAACAGUUCACUAGCAGAGAAUGACUUAUUGUCGAGUAGCUUAACCAUUUUAUCAUCAGUAUUAUCAUCAUCGGUUCUGCUACACAACUCUGGUGUAUCGUCUAGUUCGUUUACGGAUAAUUUUAGCAGUACACUUACAAAUAGUUCGAAUUCCCUGGCUAUUCUAUCCAGUAUAAGCGAAUCAUCACUGAUAAAUACUAUUACAGACCUUCCCAGCUCAUCUGUGCUUCUUAGUCCAAACAAUAGCGAAAGCUCCAUAAAAGUCUCGUCUGCGUCUUCAUCUUCAUCCCGGAGGAAAGCAAGCACCUAUACAACACCAUCUAGAAUUCCAUUCUCAAACUCUUCUGAAUGGUAUACACCUUUACCAACACCGUCAAUUUCUAGUUCAACAAAUGAUACCUCCUCUUUAUUAUCCGAGUUAGCAUUGAUAGGAAUAUCUUCAAGCUCAUCAAGCUCAUCAAGCUCACAAUUUUACACAUCCAGUACAUCCUCAUCAUCGUUGGUUUCAUCAAGCGAAAAUUAUUCCUCUUCUCAGCCAACAACUAUAGAGCCAAUUACCUCUACCAUCAGUUCUAGCUAUAGCGAUCUUUCGAAUGAUGGAGAAAUAUUGUCUUCCACUUUAGGAAAAUCUGUUUAUUACAGCUACAUACAAACAUUUGAUAUUACUGCUUCUACAACUACUUUUGAAACUGCCCUUCCGAUAGUUACCGCUUUUAAUUUAAAGGACAGUUAUACUUUCUCAAAACCUUCGAGUAUAAUUACAACUGACCUACAUUUUUAUAAGGACUGGCUUUCUGGUGCCUUGGAUUCUAAUGAAGAAAAUGGAAACAAGUCAAAAAAUGCAGGUACCAUAGCUGGUAGCGUGGUGGGGAGUGUAGUGGGUUUGUUAGUUUGUACAUUGAUAGUAUGGUAUUUCUACAUUAGAAAGAGGAGGAGAAAUCAGAAGUGGAAAUCCUUCGAGGUCCCUUCAAGGUCCAAAGAUGUUGAAUAUAAUAAUAACGACAAUCCAUUUAACAACGAAUUUGACUUCCAGCACAGAGUUCCACCUCCAUUGCCUCCUCAAAGGAAAAACCACAACUCUAUAGGGGUACCACCCAGUAGUAUGGGUUUAUCUAACACAAGAUCAGCAGAUUAUCACAUGAGGUUUUCCUAUAUAUCAUCAAGCACAGAUUCCUCUGAUGAUUAUUCAGACUCUAUGCAAUCUGCCCUUCAUAUUGGGUCAGAUUCAGGAAGGGAAAGGUCAAAUGAUGUUCCAGAAAUGGGAUACUUGCGAGAAAUAAUAUGA